GCUUCAGAAUUCAGGAGAGUCGCGCUUUCUACAAAGUUCAAAGCACCUCGUGCUUCCUUUGACUCGUGCCUUUUAAAACUUUUGAUUCGCAUCUGGAGCAUUCAAUUUUCAGCGUAUUAUUUCCGUUAUUGGAUACCAUCGUGAUUUGCGAUACGCUUUAACUAUGGCGACUACUGGUAACUUGAUCGAAUUUUAUUCAUUGAUUCCAAACAAACUAGCGUUAUACGAGCUUUGUCUUCAAUUGCGUUUUUGUUGAAAAUGGAGUUUGGGCUUGUUUGGUUGAUGAGAGCGGGUUGGAUUGCUGCUCUCCUGCCUAUCGCCAUGGCUUCAAUACCAUGUCGCAGGCUGAGCUCGUUGCAAGGAAUUUUACUGGGGUUUGCUAAGAGAGGAAAGACAAUGCAAUCUUCUUCUCAAAAAUUUACUGUUCCUCAGAGAUUCUUCAGCCAUUUCUAUGCGGUUUCUGUGCUCUGGACAACGCUCUUGCUUGUUACAACAUGGGUAUAUGCAUACAAGACAUCACCAUUGGUUUCUGAGCAGUUUCAGUUUUCCGAUCUGGCUAGCCAGUUGACUGGCGGUUCACAUACCUUGUCAUUUCAUAAAUCUCAAUUGACUCCAUUGGAGCAUCGAUUUCGUGUUUGGUGCUCUGUGCUUCUGCUUUUGUUGAUGGAAGUUCAUUCCUUGAGACGCCUCAUUGAGUCAUUGUAUGUGUCCAAGUACAGCCCUUCAGCUCGGAUGCAUAUUAAUGGUUAUCUAGCUGGUUUGUUUUAUUAUGUAGCAACACCUCUGUCGCUAUGCUGUAGUUUUGCACCUGAAGUGAGCAGAUUCACAAUGAAUUUAAUGGCCGAGUUUGUUGCUAAAGGAAAGAGUCAAAUGUCAGCUCCAGAAUUUCAUUGGGAAUAUGCAAGUCCUCUAUUGAAGCUUGGGUGGUGCCAGUGGAUUGGCGCAACCAUAUUUCUUUGGGGUUGGAUUCAUCAGUUUCGUUGCCAUUCAGUUCUUGGUUCAUUGCGGCAACAUGCUAACCACGUCAAUGAAUAUGUAAUUCCUCACGGAGAUUGGUUUGAACUUGUCUCGUCACCGCACUAUCUUGCAGAGAUUGUCAUUUAUGCAGGUCUCUUGGUUACCAGUGGAGGAGCUGAUCUAACCAUUUGGUUACUUUUUGUAUUUGUGGCUGGAAAUCUGUCACUCGCUGCAGCAGAAACGCAUAGAUGGUAUCUUCGUAAGUUUGAGAAUUAUCCAAGGAGUCGUCAUGUUAUUAUUCCAUUUAUUUUUUAACAUUUUUCACAAAAUCAUAGAACUUUGAAUUUUCCACGCGUACUUAAAUUAUCAUAAAAGUUUUUGGCUCAUCUUUAUCUCAAAAAGGUUAUAAGUUGUUGAAGUGUUUAUGUAACUCGAGAUUGUAAGGUGUACUAAUUUAUUAUGUAUUUGAUAAAUAUAUAAUUGAUAUGUUACUUUUGUUUAA